AUGCCUCCCAAGUUCGACCCCAAUGAGAUCAAGGUGAUCACCCUCCGCGCCACCGGAGGUGAGGUCGGUGCCUCGUCCGCCCUGGCUCCCAAGAUCGGUCCCCUCGGUCUGUCUCCCAAGAAGGUCGGAGAAGAUAUCGCCAAGGCUACUGGCGACUGGAAGGGUCUCCGUGUCACCGUCAAGCUCACCAUCCAGAACCGUCAAGCCGCCGUCUCCGUCGUCCCCACUGCUUCGGCACUGGUCAUCAAGGCCCUCAAGGAGCCCCCGCGCGACCGCAAGAAGGAGAAGAACAUCAAGCACUCCAAGUCUGUACCUCUGGACGAGAUCAUCGAGAUUGCCCGCACAAUGCGAUACAAGUCCUUCUCCAAGUCGCUCGAGGGUACCGUGAAGGAGGUUCUGGGUACUGCUUUCAGUGUUGGUUGCCAGGUUGACGGACGAAGCCCCAGGGCCGUCACUGACGACAUCUCGAGCGGUGCUAUUGAGAUUCCCGAGGAGUAA